GCGCAGGCAGCCCCCUAUAAGUGGUGUCGAGUCAUCGUACGCGGACAGCUUCCCCUGCAGCCAGCAGAGGUCGCAGCUCACUGCCUCGUAACUCUCUUUCCGCCACGCAAACUAACCCGCUUCUGUCACACCCGUUUGCGCGGUAAAAGACCAUUUGUCAUCGUUAUAUUUGGUCUCUCGCGCGCGCGCACACACACACACACACACACACACACAGCGUGCCCCGUGACCGGAGCGCGCGCAGUAGCUGCUGCGUUUGGUUGGGCGACCCAACAGGUACACGAACGAGCGAAAAAAAAAAAGAAUGAAAAGGAAAUCGAGAGUUGUAUAUGGAGCAUUGAAAGAAGAGGCAAUUCGGAGAGGGAGUGACGGCUAGUAAAACGGCUCGGUAAGCUCGCAGGCCACUAUCGCGCGACCAUUUCCGGAGAGAAACGCGGUUGGGAGAAUUGGCGCUCAUCUCGAUUUUUGUUCGUGUACCGCUGCGAUUGGCGAGCAGGAGGGCGCGUAGUUGAUCGGAGGGGGAGAGUCAGUUCGCGAAUUUUCUUCUCUCGCUCUUCUGUCUCGCUCUCUCGCCUGUGCGCAUGAUUGGAGGUGGGGCAAGGGAGGGGUGCACUCGAGUGCCCCCUCUGUAGAGCCCGCCAAGCGCGUCUGAAAGCGCGCGCUCGCUCGAGGGAUGUCCCGGCGCGGCGUGCUCCUCUGUCGGCAUGCGCUGCGUCAACAGCGACGCGCGCAGCGGCGCCGGCAGACCCGUGACGACGUGCUUUCUCUUGGCCGCCUGGCAGGUUCCCUGGGGAGUGUCCCAGAACGACCUCGAGGCGGUUGAGGACAUCCUGUCGGCCACCUCCCUCGCAUCGAACCUGCACGGUGUGCUGUCCACGAGGCGAAACCGUCGUGCCGCUCCUGACCAUGAGGCUUGCCGCAGGAUCUGCCCAGCUGCCGGCACCAGUGGCCGCCCGAAGACAACAUCGAGCAUUACCAAACAGCCACUGGCCCAGCCGCGAGCCGUGGCGUCCAAGGCCCGGCUGUGCCCCAGCACCAGCACGCCCCGCGGCGCACCCCCGCCGGCGCCCGGCUGGGAGCGCGCGCUGAGCUCGGGCCCGCAAGCCAUGCGGCCGCCGGACGCCAGCGCGCUCGAGGAGUUCGUGCUCGACGACCGCGACCUGCUGCGCCUGUGCGAGCUGCCCUCCGCCCUGCAGCAGCAGCAGCAUCGGCCGCGCCGGUCCGCCGCGCAGGCCGGGGUCGGAGGCGCCUCGGCGGGUCGCCGGCCGUCGCACCUGCGCACCGUGUCGAUCAUCGACACGCUGAGCGCGCUGGCCCGCGGCGCCCAGGACCACCGGGACGUCGCGGCCAGGGCCGAACCGUGGCUGCCCGCCUCGGCGGCGGCGUCCCGGCGGCCGGCCCGGCGCCCGGGGGGCCAGGCUGCGCCGCCGCCGCCGCGCGACUGGUCGCGCCAGUACGCGUCGGACAGCGAGCUCAAGAGCGGCGGCGACGCCUGCUCGGUGCUCUCCCUGCGAAGCCAGCCGCCGCGGCGCGCGGCGCAGCAACCCCCGCUGUCCAGGGUGCCGCACUGGAUACGCGCCAUCUUCAGGGUCGCCAAGAAGGGCGACCUGGACGCCCUGAGUCACAGCCUGCGCGACAUGGAAAAGCAACUUAUCUGGAACCUGUCCGAUGGCCAGGGCAACACGUUGUGGCACGUCUGUGCUGCGCGCAAUCACCUGCGGUGCUUCCAGUGGCUCUGCCAAGGUCAUCCUCAACACGUUCUGGCCGAUGAAAACCACAGCAACCUCACCCCCGUUGCCACAGCAGUCAAACAUGGCAACCUCGAAAUACUCCAGUGGCUUGUAAGCAAGUCUAUGGCACUGGACCAGGUAGACCCCAGUGAAGGAAAUAGAACUCUUCUGCACUUGGCAGCCAAGUAUGGACAGGAGAGAACAGUCAGUUGGCUGGCUGAGUACAUGCAUAACAACCAGCUGAACAUAAACCGGAAGGACUGCGACGGAAACACAGCAAUGCAUUUGGCUGCAAGAUACGGACACAUUCCAGUCAUUAAGGCACUGGUGCUGCACCGUGCUGACGUCACGGUCCAGAACGAGCAGGGCCUGCGACCGUACGGUGUCGCUCUGCAGAACAGCCAGGAAGCCUGCGCUGACUACCUCCUCACCGUAGAAGUCUGCCUGGGGCUCUCGGCUGACCAGGUGCUGCUGGAGGGACAUUUCCAAAGUUUGCAAGCGGAGAACACAGAGGUGAAGAAUGGAUUCAAAGAGUUGCUCGUGCUGACAAGAAGAUUGCUAAGGAGGCAAGAAGAGGCACUGCAGUAUGUCCAGGCUGUGUGCACAGGCAACUUGAGUUCAGACAGGGCUGAAUCUGACAGCGCUUCAUCAUUACCGUGGAACUCUCUCUCAGGGAAUUCUGACAGCAAGCACGCACAGGCCAAGCUCCAGGCACUCCUGGAAAACAGCCAACUCAAACUGCUUCCAGAAGAAGAAAGCCGUCUGCUGCAGCUGGAGGAAAAGUGGCGGCGCCUGCGGGUGAACAAGGGCGCUGUCGAAACACGCUCCCCUGUGGAGCUAAUUAGGUCACAGUUUGCACAAGUGCUAGCCAAGUGCAGCACUCCACCGGUGCAGCCGAUGAGGCCAGCUUCCUCCUCUGGAACGUCAGUGUCCAACGAAAGCGAAGAGGAGAGCACGGAGGACGAGCCGAACGUUGUUAGCUCCCUGGCCACAACGAAGCACGUGCCAAGCCUCAUGCCCUGGGAGCAAGAGGUCUGCUCCUGGGACAAGGUCCAGGUCUUCUUGGACGGCCUGUGUGAAAAGCAGGCCCCUCCAAAGAAAAACAGGAGUUCAAACACGCUCGUGAUACGCCAGGGAGCAUCCAGGCUGCGGGCCAAGAACUAUCGCGAGCAGCUCGAAUCUGCGCCUGAGAAUGUCAGCUUGAAAGUGCUGUUUGAGAACAACCCCGAGUUGAGGCAGGAAGGCCAGACGUGCUCUGUUCUCGAGGUGCUGGAGCCAUCGAGCAGCGACGCGGAAGACGAUUUGCACCACGACAGCUGUGGCAGCUCUUCGGGGUCGUUUCGGUCCAAUGAGAACGCUGUGCUGCACGUGGCGCAGCGGCGGCAGCCGAGACAAGUGAACGGGGACCGCCACUUGUGCGGUUCUAGUUCGGGUGCCUCGAAGGAAGGUGGCAGGGCCAGAGCCAUCUUUCUGACAAACAUUGCAGAGCUGCCCGAUUGCUCGAGCAGCUACAAGCUCAGCGUGAAAUUCCAGCAGUCCCAGGAGUGUUCGCAUACGAACUUGCCUGAGGUUGCACCCAAGGAAGAAGUUGCAGAAGCCGGCGCAAACGAUGGCAAAUCAAAAAGUGCUGAAAAGCAGAUGACUCUCGCCGAGCCUGACCUGAUUCGGGGAACCAGCAUGGCAGAAAGGUGUCCUCUCGACACAUCACAGGGGAGUGCUGUCUCGUCCUUGGAAGUUCCUGCUCGAGAGGUCUCCGUGCAGGAUGCCGAAGAGCUGAAAGAACAGCACGAUGGCGCUGAAGGUGUUACAGCUGAAAGCACACCUUCCCCGGCUGAAGCCUCCUCGCCCGGUGCAUCCAGUGCCAAAAAGCGCAGUGGCUUCUUGCUCAAGUUCUCCCUGAAAAGCCGCUUUCAGUCCAAGCAGAAACAGCAGCAGCAGCAGCCGCGCAAGUGCGAAGAGAUAAGUCCCGAAGAGUUCCGCGAGACGUACACGCGUAGCGCAGGUUCGGAGCCUCCAACAGUUCCAAGCAGAGACAGCGCGGUGCCGAGCCCCGUCAAGGGGAACGAACUGUUUUCGAGUGCACCACUACCGCCACCGCCGAUUCCUUCAUUGCCGCGGAGGGACCCACCGCCAGUGCCUCCUCCAUGUGAAGAGGUGCCUCCGCGGUCCGCCAUGCCUCUCACCGAGGAGCAGGAAGAAAAGUGCUCGCCUUCAGAAGAUGGGCUGCUCUACCUCCGCAACGGUUCACCCGAACCCAGCAUACUGCAGCCCGACUCUGUCCUAUCCAAGACGACUGGAGGAACACUUUCACGACCUGCAUCGUCAGCAUCGCAGACCGAAGAUGGUCGACGGGGCUCUGUAACGCUCAGCAGGACAAGCGCUUUCUCCCUGGCCAAGCCACUGUCGCCUACCGAGCUGUUGCUGCACACGCCAGACUCCUCGGUGGGCGGUCGGCAGUCACCUGCUCCCAGCGAAGUCUCCAAGACGGAGAGUGCCCUGUCGCCCCCGAGCGAAGCAUCCAAGGCAGAGAGCGCCCGACAGCCGCCCCUAUGCAAGAUUGAGGAAGCAGCUCAGGAAGCACUAAAGCGUGUCGCUGGUCCACUACUAGAUGCGACCAAGGGGCCCCAAGAGACGGCAGCUGCUCAGGAAUCCCAGCCGUCACUUGUCCCUAGCAGCAGUAGCAGCAGCAGCAGCAACAGUGCAAAAAGCAAGAAAAUGACCCUUGCUGCAAGAAAGAACAAGAAGAGCUCCAAGCCAUGGUACGAAGUGUCCGAUGAAGAAGACAUGCUUUUGCCCGACAAGUACCAGACGGUCAGGCCUCGCAGCAGCUCAGAAGAUGAAGCUGACCUGGCGAUAGUAGCGUGAUAGAUUGUGCUGUUGCGCACCCAAGUUCCUUUCUUUCACACAUCAUCCUAAUAAUGUACUGAACGCAGUUGGUAUUCUGGAAAAAAAAAAGAACUUUGCUGAUUAGGGAACAUCAUGAAGGCUUGCGAGAAUGAUGUGCUCUGCAAUCAGUGAGGUACACGGGCAGGCUGAAAUGACAAGGCAGCCGAGCAGACGCAUUCCCGAGUGCCACUAGACGCCCUUCGUGGUAAACUACGUUAGAGCGCCUCGGACUUUUGUUGUCUUGGGAACAUUUUCAUGCCCUACUUUGAAGGUGAUUUCGCUACCACAGUUUUCUGUGGCAAGUUGAGGCCGUCUGUAUUGCAUUUUAAUGUUGUGUGCACCCGGCUCGAGGUUAGAACAUUGUGGGUCAUGUUUGCCCAGGUAGCAAGCGAGGCAACAUCAGUGGCAUCGAAACGUGCCCACAGCAUUUGAAUAGUGAAGAAGGAAAUUGCAUAUUAAAUUUCAAGUUUUCAAGAAGCAAUCAACUGAUUGCUUAAUUAGUUCACACUCUGGGGGGGGGGAGAGAAACUGCGAAAACUGAUAUCUAAGUAGUUUUGACAUAAAUAGGGGUUCUGUUUUUGUCAUUAUGGAAGACCCUCCCCACCUGCUCUGUACCAAAAGUCAGGGGUACCGUCGGUACCAUUUCUUGUACCACCCUGUCCACUCAUUUGGUCUUCUUUGAUGCCUCUCUGCUGCCUGGGCAUAUCAUUUUGUCUAACAUAUCACACAGUAUAUCAUGGCAUCUCAUACGGUUCCUUUACCACAGUGGAUGCAUUUAGAGAUAAGCUUUGUCUGCUAUCUCUUCCUCAGAAAGGAAAACAUAAAAAGAAAAUAAACACUCAUCCUAACUCUCAAGCCUUUACCUUGAGAGCGGGACCCUCUUGGCGGUGUUUGUUUUUUUGACUGACUGUCAUUCCGGAAAGUUCGUUUUUGCCAAGGCGGGGAUGUUGGUCUCAAAUUCGAGGCGUUUUGCCAAGGCGGACGUGUUUCAAAACUCAGGGCUGUUUUUUAACAAAUAUUUUUUUUUAUACAUGUCGUUGUUUGUUGAGUUGUGUAUUAGGUGUGAUGGCCUUUGUAAAGUUUUUUACACCAGAAGGUGUGUGGGCCACGCCGUGCAUAUAUUUAAAAAGUUGGAGCCUCGUAUGCAUGCAUGCUGGUUUCCUGUGCCUGUUUAUUGCGUGUUUGAGCUCUUAAAUGCGAGACUGAGUGCCAGACUAUGUGAUAUGCGCUCCAAUUCCAUUCUUACCUCUUGUAUUUCUUUCACCAAAAACGUUUUUGAAGGACCAGCGUUAACCACAAAAUUCCUAAACUUACCACAUUUUUAAUAAGCUGACCCUUUGCAUUUUUGAAAGACGGGUAUUACUGCAUGAAACGAGAAGAUACAGUAUAGAAUGUUUUUUUUUUUUUUAACUGAUUGUCAUGGCACUUUUGCAUGCUAAUGCAGCUAUUUCCGAAAAAUACUCUCUUGUGCCAAGUUUUGUACAUAUCUGAUGAAUUGUUGCCACUGUACUAUAAUCCUUCACGAAGUGUACCAUACAGUAAUAGUACUCGGCUUCUCGUUAGCUUUCUUUCCUCAAGAUAGCUCUGUGAAACUAAUCACCUGUACUUGCUCCAGUGAGAGUUCUCAUCUUCCAUUGCAAAACAUUCAUUGGGCUACUCGUCAUACACAAGUGUUAAUUUAUCUGCUGCUAAUACUAUUUUUUGUACAAAGUCGAUAGUCCCCUUGUAUUGAGAAUGAAAAAAAAAAUAACUGUCUUCUUUAACUGUUAUGUUGGCUGAAAUAAAACAUUGACUAAUGA